GGCGGUUGGCUCCGGUGGCGGCGGAGCGGGAGCCGGAGCCGGAGGAGGCGCAGGGCCGCCGCGGCCGCGACAAAACCUGUUGGAGACUAUGUUUCCAUGAGUCAAAGGAGAAAGAACAGUAGAGAAUGUCAGCCCUCAACUGGAAGCCUUUUGUGUAUGGAGGGCUGGCCUCCAUCACAGCUGAAUGUGGUACAUUUCCAAUUGACUUAACCAAGACACGACUCCAGAUUCAAGGCCAGACGAAUGAUGCAAACUUUAAGGAAAUUAGAUACAGAGGAAUGUUGCAUGCUUUAGUGAGGAUUGCCAGAGAAGAAGGGCUGAAAGCACUGUAUUCAGGCAUUGCACCUGCGAUGUUACGCCAGGCUUCCUAUGGCACCAUCAAGAUAGGCACUUACCAGAGCUUGAAGAGAUUAUUUGUUGAACGCCUAGAAGAUGAGACCCUGCUGGUAAAUGUGGUAUGUGGAAUUCUCUCUGGAGUCAUAGCCUCAGCCAUUGCUAAUCCAACUGAUGUUUUGAAAAUUCGGAUGCAAGCCCAAAGCAACACCAUUCAAGGAGGAAUGAUAGGCAACUUCAUUAACAUUUACCAGCAAGAGGGAACAAGAGGACUGUGGAAGGGUGUGUCCCUUACUGCUCAGAGGGCUGCCAUUGUUGUUGGUGUGGAGCUGCCAGUCUAUGACCUCACCAAGAAGCAUCUGAUUCUCUCAGGCCUCAUGGGAGACACUGUAUAUACCCACUUCCUUUCAAGCUUCACCUGUGGUCUGGCUGGGGCCCUGGCCUCAAACCCUGUCGAUGUUGUGAGAACACGGAUGAUGAAUCAGAGAGUUGUUCGAGAUGGCAAAUGCUCUGGAUACACAGGUACCCUGGACUGCUUAUUACAGACGUGGAAGAAUGAAGGGUUUUUUGCUCUGUAUAAGGGGUUUUGGCCAAAUUGGUUGAGACUUGGUCCUUGGAAUAUCAUUUUCUUUGUGACAUAUGAGCAGCUGAAGAAACUGGAUUUAUGACAAGUUACGGCUGCAUCAGACAUCCCUCUGAAAAUCCCAACUUCCAAAAGAGUAAAGCUUCCUUGUUUCACACUGCUUCUCACUGCUUGGCUUGUCAACAGAUUCUGAGGUGUGAGCAACAGAUGAAGACUGGGUUCAUUCAGAUUGCUGUGUACUGGCAUUGUGUGCACCGUAUCAGACAUUCAGUGGCAUGAAUUGUAACAUCCAAAUUCUAGUCCUUACCAUUAAAGUGCCCUUUGACAUCAAAGAUAACAUAUAAAAUGCAUGUUUCUUCCUAAAGAAAACUUGCAAAAAAGAUCAGAAACUGUGUAAUGUUUCUUCAGGGGAGAGAAGAUCCUGACACACCUCAGCUCUAAGCUCUCUUUGAAAUCAUAAAUACUGGACUGCUCUAAAGAAGCCCCUCAGAAUGGUGGAAUGGAGCCUCCAAGGGGACAUUAUUCUUGAACUUCUGGGGCCUUUGCUUCUUGUCACCUGAAGAGAUCUCACCUGUGGAUUGGUGGCCUUUUCAACCCCCGAUGUAUGUAAACAGUGCAGAAAUAGAUCCCUGGAAUAUUGCACUACAUAAUUUCCUAUCUUGGCAGGGUCUUUCACUUAUAAUAAGUGAUUUUAAGCCUUUGAAGACUUGACCUUUGUGAGGAAUAGUUACAAAAUAUUAGUAUCUAAACUCAUGAUGGUGUGACAUGUUGGCUCUGAAGGUGGCAAAGUUUGUGUGAUGGGAGAUGUUUUCAGGCAGUUUGGAUUUAAUCUUAGGUACUAUUGGUAAUUUGCUUUGAUUUUUAGCAAAAUUUAUUACUUUCCAGUCUGUAAAAUGAGGCUUAGAAUGUCUGAUGUUGAGGGUGAAGAAAAUAGUAGCUGCUACUACUUGACUUGUAGGGUGAGUGUGUUUACAUCUUGCUGUCAUAUAGCUAUAAUUCCAGAAUAAAGAGUCUAUAUGUAUAGAGAGUCAUUGAAUCCUAGGCUUCUUGCUCUAAUCCUGAGUGAAGCUCUUAGUUAAAGGCCUUGCGAAGGAAAGUAUGCUGUGUAAGUUAAAGCUUUAUUACAUUUUUAUUAGCAAAAUGCUGCAAGUGAUUCAACAGUUGAUUUUUCCCUAUUUCCCAGCUUUAGUUUGGACCACAUUUGUUGAAAGAUUUCCUGUCUUGGAUUUCCUAAUUAGUUUGGUUGGAAAAUACUUGCUUGACAUUUUAAAAACUAUUUCUUUAGUAUACCUGUUUAUCUAGCAUCUGAUAAGAGCUAUGAAAUACCUUCCUUUCUUCUUUUAAAGACACGAGAGUUAUUUUCCCUCUUCUUUCUUGUCUCCAUCAUGCUCUUUUAAAAAUAAAAAAAAACCCUGACAGCCCCAAGAACUUACACUUCUAGAAGGCUGUUCCCCUAGGGUGAUAAUGUUUACUUGGGUUCCUUCCAUUCUACCUUUUUAGAACAUUAAAUGCAUACUAACUGGGGCUGCAAGGCAGACACUUCUGUAGUAUAAACAGGCAAAUUUUAUGUUCAACCUCAGGGGCUACGUUCUCCAUGAAGCAAAAUGAAAGGAAUGCAGGUUUUUCUUGGGGAUUGACUAGUCUUCCUCCUGAUCACUUUCACUGUUCCUUCUUUCUUGAUGCUUACUUUGAAGAAGACUUUCUGAAGCCGAAUUUUAUUUCCAAAAGUAAAAUCUAAGACAAAGUCAUCAAAAAGAGAAGGGAAGAAAGAAGUGGUGUGGAGUGGCAUGUAGGUGUUGUUUCAAGGCUAAGAUGAAAAUCUAAAUCUCCCUGACCCACUCUAAAUGUGACAGCGAGAAGCUAAGCUCAGUCAGGCCUCACUGCUGGUACUGAGCCAUAUUUUUAGAAAGAGAUUUUCUUUUUCCUUCUUACCAAACAUUCCAUUGAUGUGGUAAGGACUUUCUGUUGAAAGGCUUUCACUCUUGAUUUCCUUGCAUUUAAAGGAUUACUUUCUAUACACAUUUUUUAAAUAUGGAAAACAUUUUAUUUUUAAAGUGCACAUAUGAUAUCUAGACAGUAGAAGCAAGUUCAUUUUGAGAAGACCAUGUGAAGGGUGAAUGUCAAGUAAUAGUCAUCAUUAUCAGUUUAUUCAGAUUAUGUACAUGUUCAUAUCAGGAUAAAAAGAAAUUCAGACCUCACCGUAAAGCAGUACAUAGUUAACACAGAAAUAUAGUUUUUCUUGAGUCAGUAUACACUUUAUAAAACAAGAUCUUACCUGUUUGUAUUUUUCUUCUUCCUGAAAGAGUUAACUCAAUUACUGAGAUUUCUAACCAAGAAAUAACUUAAAAAUGGGAAAACCUGGUCCCAUUGUUUUCAGGUGUCUGACUGCAAGUCCCCCCAUCCCCUUGGAUUUUGCUUGAAUGUGGCAAAGGGAUUUUUACCUUUUAUAACCAACAUGAAGAAAAUGGAUUUUUUUUUGUUUGCUUGUGGAUUUGUAUAAUCACUGAUGCUAAAUGUUGCUGAUCUGUGAUAUAAAAUGACUCCUCCAUAUUUAUUCAUGUACUAGAAAUAGUAUCUAUUAUGUGAAAAUGAGGAACUUUUCAUAAGCCUUUAUAUUUAAACAUUGUUGGAAUAUGUGGCAUUAAUUUGUUUAUUUAAUAAACUGGAAUACUCUAUAAUAAUAAAAUUGCUUUAUGGU